AUGUCCUCUCAGGGCUGCUACCAUCGGUGGCGCCAGGAGCUUGACCUGGGAUGGGGCUGUGAUGGCAGAAGUGGAGGCGGGGCAGCUGUGGAGCUGUGAGCACUGUGCCCGGCUGUGUCCGACGAGCUGCUUUUACUCUACUUUGAGAACCACCGCCGCUUGGGCGGGGGGCCGGUGCUGAGCUGGCAGAGGCUCGGCUGCGGGGGCAUCCUCACCUUUAGAGAGCCCACAGAUGCCGCAAGGGUCCUGGCCCAGGCAGAACACCAGCUCCCAGCCCGGCUGACUGUGUGGCCGGCCCCACCACGCGCCCCUGCACGUCUGCUGCUCCAAGGCUUGCCUCCUGGCUCCGUGCCCCUGCCCGCUGAGCAACACAUCCAGGCCCUGCUGGCUGCCGCAGGGCUCCAAGCUCUGCCCUGUCGCAUCCUGGCCAGUCCCCGGCCCGACCGGGAGCUGGUCCAGCUGUCCAGGCCCCUUUCUGCGGCAGACGUUGGCUUGCUAGUGGAGCAGGCCUAGAUGCUGCAGCUGGAUGGGGCUGCGGUGUCCCUGGCCCGGGUGCCCCAGGCCCAUGCAGUACGCGCGCUAGAGGCUGAUGACCCUGUGGAGCAGCUGCUGCUGGAACUGUACCUGGCGAAUGAGCGGCGCAGUGCUGGGGGCCCGCUUGAGGACGUACGCCAACUGGACACCAUCAUCAGAUUCCAGCAGUGGCAGGUGGCUGAACGGGUGCUGCAGCGGGACCACUGGCUGCAGGGCUCCCAGUUGGACCUUGUCCCCCACUAUGACGUCCUGGAGCCUGAGGACCUGGGGGCAGGGGACUGCCUGGCCGUGCUGGGACCUGGGCCCAGCGAACCCACUCUACCGGAGGCUGCGGGGCCAGCUGGGGAGCUGGCGGGCGCAGAACCUGGCGUGGACGGCUCUGAGAAGCCCCCGGGUUACCAGGGGCCUCCCUAGAUGGGUCCCCUGGGGUCUCCAGGCCCAGCUGGCCCUGUGGAGCCCCCUGCGGGGUUGCCCCGGAGGCAGGAGGACGUGGUGGAGACCGUGGUGCCCGUGGACCCCGGGGCUCUGCGCUUCCUACAGCUCUACCGUGUGGAUCUUCUCGGGGACCUGCGUGACGUCACCCUGUUCCCACUGGAGGGGACCGAUGUAACUGGAUUUCAGCUCUGCGGAGCCCUGGCCCCAUGCCGGGCGGCUGAGGAGCUUCUGCAAAGCCUGGUGGGCAGCAUCAGCUGCCACGUGCUGCGCCUCAGCCACCAGGGCAGUGCCAGGUUCCUGCUGGGCCCCGAGGGCCAGCGCCUGCUGUGGGACUUCGAGGCUCGGUUCCAGUGUGUCCUGGGCACAGAACGCCUGGCCGCGGCCACUCUGGACAUGGACCCUGAUGAGGCAGACCCCACGGAAGCUCUGCGGACCCUCCCUUGCCAUGCCCAUGCCCUGGGGUCCCUGGACGGCACAGGCUGUGACCAACAGAGCACUGGGCACCUUGAAGAGGUGCAGCAGCUCCUGGCCACCCUGGAGGGCCUAGAGAAGAAAGACGGCUCCCCCUGAGAUGGGGAGGAGGAGGAGGAGGAAGAGCAGGAGGAGCCCCCGGCCGGGACCCCAGCAGGACCCGGAUGGCUGGAGGAGGCGGCAAAGCUACAGCUGGCCCUUCAGCAGUCGCUGGACACUCAAGGCCAGGCGGAAGACCAGGAGGAAGUGGCGGUGCUGCAGAAGGCCCUGGCUCUUUCUCUGUUGGAGCAGCCGCUGUUGCCAGAGGCAGAGGAGCCUGGCAGGGAGCUGGGGGCCGAGGCCCAGCUGGUGGUUCAUGUGGCCUUUGAGCAGGACCUGGAGGACCUGGGCCAGGCACUGGAGACUGCCGUGGAAGCCCAGCUCCACGAGGAGACUGUGGGGCUGGGGACCCGUGUGCUGUGUGCCCGCUUGGAGAGGUGCCAUGGCGUGCAUGUGACGCUGUGUGAGCAGCGCACCAUUAUCCGGGGCUUUGGGGCCCAGCCUGCCCGAGCAGCCCGCCACUUGACCACGCUACUUGCUGAGCCCUGGGAUCCGAGUGUGAGCCUGCCAUCGUCAGCGGCCGUGGGGCCCACCUGUGAGUCUGCACCUCGAAGGGGUGAGGAGUGGGUGGGGCUGGCUGGCCUGGCGGAGAGCACCCCGGAGUUCCAGGACACGGUGCGGGCCUUCUACGACACCCUGGACGCAGCCCACAGCUGGAUCAGCAUCGUCCGGGUGGAGCGCGUGUGGCACCCGCUGCUGUGGCAGCAGUACGAGCCGCAGCGCCAGCGCCUGGUGCAGCGCUGCCAACGGCGCCUGGCCGAGCAGGUGCUGUACUAUGGCACGUCGGCGGCCGCGGUGCCCGAGAUCUGCGCCCACGGCUUCAACCGCAGCUUCUGCGGCCGCAACGGCACGCUGUAUGGCCAGGGCGUGUACUUCGCCACGCACGCCUCCCUCUCCGUGCAGGACCGCUACUCGACCCACGGCCACAAGGCAGUGUUCGUGGCCAGGGUGCUUGCUGACCGGGGACUACGCGCUGGGCCACCCCAGCCUGCGCGCGCCCCGGGCCACGGCCUGCUGCGCUACGACAGCUCGGUGGACUGCGUGCGCCGGCCCAGCAUCUUCGUCAUCUUCCACGACACGCAGACGUUGCCUACACACCUCAUCACCUGCCGCUGCCUCUCAUCCCCGGCCUCUCUCAGGGCCCAGCCCCUGGCCACCUGACCACUAGAGGUCAGCAGCGGCCAGCAGGACGGGAGGGGGGCCGGCCACACCCCCGCGGCGCUGUGACGUUUCAAUAAACCUGUGCG